GUACCUUCAGAAGCAAAAGGAUCUUUUUCCGCCAAACCAAAGUUCCCGAGUCUUAACCGAAGUGAGUGAGGACCUGAACUGAGUCAAAAAUGUCGAACUCGUUCUCCCACCUCCACGACCUUCUCAUUCAGUUAUCGGAGCCAAUAACGGAGUUUCUCUCCAAAACCCACUACACGCCACCAGAGGGCUCCAACAUUUCCGUCAAAGCCCUAAUCGAACCCCUUUUCCCACAAAAAACCUCGCCAGCAAACCCUAGCAUUUCCGAAGCCCAAAUCCGCGCUUCAAUCAGAGACUUCACCCUAGCUUGCGCCUGGAUAUCCUCCUCCCAGUCCUCGACCCACGAGCUCCUCUUAUGGAUCCCCCAACACCUCUCUAUCUCAGCAGACUUGGCCUUUGGCGAGCUCUCAAAAGCUUAUUGCGGCGUUUUCAGGGAGGAAAAUGCGAAGAGGAUUGGAGAAUUGGGUGUGGAUUGUGUUUCGGUGCCUGAGGAGAAGAGGCUAGUGGUAGAGUUGAUGCCCGAGGUGCUACCAUUGUUGAAGGAGAGGAUUAAGGAGAGCUCGAUCGAUAAUUCGGACGAAGGCCACGAGGUCUCGGCAGCGUCGGCUAGGGUCCCGGUAGGGUUCGCCGUCGUGGCAGCUUAUCAGUUCAGAUGGGUUGUCACUCAGGUUGGUUAUCCUUAUUUGGGAAAGUUGUGCGCUAUGGUGAUUCCUUGUGCAUUGACUGCGAUUGAUCACUGGUCGCCGGAGGUGAAAGGGCAGGGCAUGGUUAGCCUUACACAUCUUGCAAAAAAUGUUGAUGCUGCUGAGCUUAGUUGUUAUGGGGAUGUGCUUCUUGAUGCAUGCUGCCAGAAUAUUGCUUCUAGUGAUGAGAUAUGGCCCCAUGUAAUUGAGAUGUCAACACUUCUUGUGACAUGUACUCAGAAGGGAAAUCCUCGUAGCCCAUGGUUUGAAAGGAUGUUAAAUGAGAUGUUAAGUCACUUGGAGCGGCAACCAAGGAACAAGGAGCGCCGUAUUGUAUGGCUCAAAUAUGUCGAGCCACUUUUGACUGGUGUUGGUCUUGUGUUAGUAGCGCAUUUUAGUCGUAUUUUUCCCCUUUUCCUUAAGUGGAUGCACGCUGAUGAUGACGAGACUAUCAAACUGGUUUUGGAACGGAUCCAGACUAUUUUAAGGUUAACGUGGAUAAGGAACACACCAUAUAUUGGAAGGUUGGUCGAUGAACUCGCUAUAUUGUAUAAAGAGGCAGCAUUGAAAAAGGCUCGCGAAGAAAUCAGAACACGCAUUCUUCAGAUAUUGCUCUUACUCCAGCAAUGCAAAGGAGUGCAAUUCGAAGCAGCCUGGGGCAAGCACAAAGAUGAUCCAAACUUGACAAAUCUCGUGUCAUCUUUAAGUGGAAGAGAGACAACAACGGUAAACAUAAUGCCCUUUGUUGCUGCACAUGAAUGACAAUCGCAGUGCAAUUGUCACAGCAGGGUUUAAACUUCAAAGCCAUUGAGAGGUUAUGUGGGAAGAAACAGUUUGCCGAAGAUAUCAAUAAGCUGCAUUUCCUUCAAUCUUUCUGAUACUCUUUUUUAGACUGCCCUUUAGUUCGUAUUUUGGGAGCCAUGUACAUGUAGUUAUGAGGGCUAAUUUAAUUUGCGACAUUUUAUGGUGCUAACAUAUUUCAAGCACAAGCCCAUGUACAUUUUGCUGACGUGCAUUAGGAUAUCAUAUAAUACUCCGGCCUACUGAACUUAUAUUUCUUUGAGCAAA